AUGGCGACGUACGGCGAUCCACCACCACCAGUGCCUCCCAUUCCUCCAGCAACGAAGCGCUCGAAGAAGAGUCCCCAGGAAACCUUGUCUGACUUCUGGGACAAGUUUCACUCAAAAUACCCGGGGAAGGUGACAUCCAUCUUCCCUCGCGCCCUCUACACAUCCCUCCUCCCUGCUUUCCAGGAGAAGGGGGCAUCUUCCACCCGCAAUGCGCAGGAGUCAUAUGACGCGGCCGCUCGCGAGUGCCGAGAGAAGGUCAAGCGAAUCAUCCGAGAGUGCGAAAGAACGAAUGAGAAGUUCACCGACCCCGACUUCGACAUUGAGCGUGAUCCUAAGAAGAACUGUCUUAACGGUCUUAUCCGUGACGGGGACCAGGGUACUGGCGGAAGUGGCGCCGCGGGAGAUGUGCCGUAUGUGAGCAGCUGGGAUGUGAAGAACAGCCUCGACACACUUAACGCCGCGCAGAUCUUGGGUCCUAGCUCUACUAUCCCCAUCGAUCCCACGGCGGUGAGCCGUUUUCUUGGGGGCGACAGUGACAUCUGGAAUCCCUUUGCCAAUGCAGCUGCCGGUAAGGGAGCCAAGUCGGGAUCUGGCAAAGUCUCGAAGCGUCAUGGCGUCCGAGGAAGCGAGUACUACAACCCUGGUUCAAUCCACCGCGUUGACUGGAUCUUUGAUUCGCCGCAAUUCACGAUGAACGGCUACUCGUCUUCCGAUAUCAAGCAAGGUUCCAACGGUGACUGCUGGUGGCUCGCCGCGGUUGCCACCAUUGCGCACCGGAAAGACCUCAUGGAGAAAGUCUGCGUUGCUCGCGACGAAGAGUGUGGCGUCUACGGUUUUGUCUUUCAGCGCGAUGGCGAGUGGAUUUCGACAGUCAUUGACGACAAUCUCUACCUCAACGAGUCAGACUUUGACUACUAUGGAGACGUCUACGAUGCUAGUGGCAAGAAGGCCCGCCUACAUAGGAAGAGGCACCAGACGGGCUCUGAUGCUCUCUACUUUGCUCGCUGCGAUGAUCAGAAUGAGACGUGGUUGCCGCUUCUCGAGAAGGCAUACGCCAAGGUUCAUGGUGACUAUGAAGCCAUCUCGGGUGGCUGGCCCGGCGAGGGAGUUGAGGACAUGACAGGUGGCGUAACCUCAACAAUCGCAACUAACCGCGUGUUGAGAAAGGACAAGUUGUGGAAAGAGCUUAAGAGCGGCCUGGCGUUGGGGCACGCAUACUCUAUCCUUCAGUCACGAGAGGAGGUUGACGAGGACGGUAAGAAGGUUCGCCUCGUUCAGAUCCGGAACCCUUGGGGCGAACGAUCCGAUGGUGGUGUCGGCGAAUGGAAUGGGCCGUGGUCCGACGGCUCCAAAGAAUGGACCCCGUACUGGCUUAAGCGCAUGAAUCACACCUUUGGCGAUGAUGGCGUCUUCUGGAUGUCGUACCAGGAUAUGCUCUCGACCUUUAUGUACAUCCACCGCACGCGCCUGUUCGACGACAAGUGGACCGUCGUGCAACAGUGGACCUCCGCCAAUGUAUCUUGGGUGACAGGUUUCCUCCAGACCAAGUUCGUUGCGGAGGUCAAGAAGUCGGGCAUGGUCGUAAUUGUCCUGACGCAGCUCGACGACCGCUACUUCCACGGAUUUGAGGGACAGUACUGGUUCGAACUACACUUCGUCCUUCAGCAAGCUGCUUCUACAACCUCUGUGGCCAGCGAUGAGUCCAAAGAUGGAGAGAAGAAAAAGGCGGAUGCCCCUGAGCCAGAGCAGAUUUGCCGCGUCCGACCUGUGCACAAAUGGGAGAAUCGCUCGGUGAGCUGCGAGGUCGACCUAGAGCCAGGCAUCUACGAGGUUCUGCCUAAGAUUACAGCCGUUCGCAACAGCGAAGGCGACGUUAGCACAAUCAAGCCUGUUGAGGAAGUAGUCAAGGAGUAUGCCGAACGCAACCCGCAGAAAUUGCGACAGGUAGGCUUGCAGUACGAUAUCGCUCACGCCAAGGGUGGUGUUCGGAACGAGGACGAGCUCGUAGAGAAGAAGAAGCUUGAAGCGAAGCAGAAGAAGGAGAGCAAGAAAGCAAAGAAAAGAAGAAAGCAGAAAAAGGCGCUCGGUAUAGCGGCGAAGGCGCUUGAGGAUUCCGCCAAGGUUGUGUCUGACCUCGCGAAUGAGGGCAAGAAGACUGAGGAAAAGAAGGAUACCAAGGACGCUGUCGGGAAGGAAGGGAAGAAGUCCGAAGACAAGGAUCAAAAGAAGGAGGGCGAUUCGAUUGCAAUCAAAAUCGCGGUUAAGGAGUCAGCUCAGCCCACUGAGGCAGAGAAGCCGGCGAACGUAAAUACGUCAAAGCCUGGCGAUGGCCCGACCCCGGAGCCAAAGAAGGAUGACGAGAAGGAGCCUAAGGAGAACAAAACUGAAGAGAAGAAACCCGAAAGCGAUGAGAGCGAGAAGAAGUCUGAGGAGUCAAAGCCAGCCGAGGAGACUCCCAUCGCUGAAUCUAAAGCCGAAGACGUCGCUGAUGAGACGCCUGUUGAGGAAGCGCCUGCUGAGGAGGAAGAGGUUUCUGAUUCAGACUCUGAUGCUGAAUCCACUGUCUUGGAUGACGAAGAGGAGCUGACUGGAUCUCCAUGGAACGCUGUCUGUGUCUUGGGCCUGCGUGUCUAUGCUCGAGACCCCGAGGUUUCCAUCAAGCUCGUCAAGCCAAGCGAUGACGAGGAGGCCUCAAGCUUGAUCGUUGAUGGCGAGGCUGCAGGUGCCACUGCUUGA